AUGGCUUUGCAUAAUACUGAAUCAUCUGUUGAGAAUAAAACAGUAAACCAUUUAAGCUGGAGUCGAUUUCGUCGCCAACCUUCGUCUGAUGGUAUCGAAACAGCGAGUGCCAUUUUGUCUGUUCUUCCACUUGAUAAAGUUGGUGCUAUUGUUGGUCAAGUAAUGUCAACCGGUCUAAAAAAUAUGUUUAGCCCCGAUGCUGGUGGUCGCAUUUUAGAUAUGUUACAAGAACAAGGACCAGGUCUAUUGACAGGCCUAUUUUCAAAUUUAUAUGGACUAUCGAAAACACCAAGCAAACAAGCUAAUUAUCAACAAGUAAUUGAUGUUCCUUCAAGUUCAAACCCAACAGCAGCAUUGCCUAAAUUAAGAAACAGUAGUGUUCCCUUAAAUGAUGCCUCCAAAUCACAAAUGAAUUCUCUAUUAUUCAGUUCGUUAUUUAAGAAAUAA